AGCAUUUCGUAAUAACUUGGACUUGAUACAUUAGUAUCUAUAUAUCACUUGUUGCAUAUGGAACAUAACCCAAGCAACGCUCAGAAAUCUUCCGGGAUUGCGGCUAUAACUCCUAACAUAACUAAUCCCAACAUGGACGCGCAAGCUCUGCUAGCCGGCUUGCAAGGAUUGGCUGGCACCGCUGCCGGGCAGGUGGACGUGAGCAGCUUGCUGAGCAAUCUAAUGCAGCAGCUGGCCGUGUCCGCUCAUGCACAGCAGCAGCAGCAGCAGCAGGAGCAGGAGCAGGAGCCGGAGCCGAUGUGCGUGGCGGGGCCCAUGCAGAUGAUCGGCGGGGACGGCACCUUCUUCCAGCACGACGUCGACGACUUCAUCCUCUCCGCCAAGGAGAUCGCCCCCGCCAGCGCCGACUACGCCGUCGUAUCCAUCAUCGGCGCCCAGAGCAGUGGGAAAAGCUAUUUGCUGAACCGCCUUUUCGGGACCAACUUUCAGGUGAUGGAUGCUGCCAAAGGGAGGGGACAAACUACCAAAGGAAUGUGGCUCUCAAGGUGCGCAAAACCAUCCAUGUUGGUUAUGGAUGUAGAGGGGUUUGAUGGAAGAGAAAGAGGGGAGGAUGACACAUCGUUUGAAAAGCAAGCUGCUCUCUUUUCGUUAACUAUCUCGGAUCUUAUGAUGGUGAACAUGUGGCUACGAGAUAUUGGCCGACAACAUGGUGGUAGCAUUCCACUUUUCAAGACAAUAUUUCAGGAAAGAGCAAAGCUGGAGCCCGGUAAAACUAGAGUAUUAGUCAUUGUACGUGGCUAUGAUUAUGAGACUCCAAUGGAAAAUUUACAGAACGACUUGGUCACACAGAUGGAAGAGCUAUGGGAGUCGGUGAACAAACAACCUGGUAAAGAAAAUAAACUGUUCAGUGACUACAUUGAGGUGAUGGUAUUUGCUUUACCCGACAAACUUCUAGUACAAAAUUUCAAAGAACAGGUGACAAACUUGAGGAACUGGUUUUCCAAGGGAGGUAUUGCGGGGCUCCGACAGGACAAGGUCGCUGCAUCAGGAUUUGCGUUCAGUGCAAAAGGGAUAUGGGAAACCAUUCGACAAAACAAGGAACUUGAUCUGCCAGCUCACAGGAUCCUAGUGUCUACCUGCUUCUGUGAAAAAAUUGUGAGGGAAAAUCUUGAUGCUUUGGCAUUACAUGAGGAUUAUAUGUCUAUGAAGAGUGGAGCACAAUAUUCUCCAAAGGAAUUCAGCACAAAGCUGGAGGGACUUCUAGAGUUCGUGUUGACAAGAUACGAUGCAGAGACUGACAUGUAUGAUGCAAAUGUGCGAGCUACUAAACGCCAUGAGUUGGAGAAUGGAACACUUCAUCUUCUGGAGCCUUUUUGCAAGGAUAUGUUCAAUCGUCUUCGCACAACAACAGCAUGUGAAAGUAAAGAUAAAAUUGCUGCUCAAUUGAGAAAUGCUGAUGAUCCCGCCACUGCAGUUGAUGCUUCAGUCCAGGCUUGCUUGAAGGAGUUCACUGAGUCAUGCAAAGAGUUGAGCUCAAGAUACCAAGUUCUGUGUGAUGAGAACUGCAAGGAGCUGAGGAAUGAGCUGACAUCAUUUGCUCAAAUCAAGGCAGAAAGCAUUAAGGAGCAACGCAUGAGGGAGGAACUGGAGCGCCAAAGGAUUGAAGCCGAUCGUGAAGCGGAACGAGCGAGGGAAGAAGCAGAACGUUUGAGGGAGGAAGCCAAGCGUACAAAGGAGGAUGCAGAGCGCGAAAUUGAGCGCAUCAACCAAAUGCGAGAGUUGGCACAGCGCCAAGCUGAAGAAAACGCACGAAGAGGGCAGGUCCCACAAGGACCGCGAAUUGAUCCCGUGCUUGAUGGGAUUUUGAGCUUCUCACCGGUUUGGCACGUUGUCAAGCUAUUCUUCUAAGGUCCCAAUGAUCGAAGAGGUUUGAUAAAUCCUCUGAAAAACAGAUAAGACUGGUUUGGUGUCGGCUGUCGAAAUUUGCUCUGAUGUUUGUGUCGUGUGUUGUUGCUAUUUCUGAACUAUUUGAGAUUUGCUCUGAUGUUUGUGUCGUACGUUGUUUUUACUUAUCAACUAUCCUGGCUUGCUGCAACAAAUAAAUACUGUAUGCAGUUGAGGUGUAGGAUGGAUGCGUCAAGCAUCAACUGCCCUGGUUUGCUGUAACUAAAGAGUACCUUAUUCAAUUGCUGUAGAAUGUAUGCGAUCAGCUGUCCUGAUUUGCUGUAACAAAUAAAUACCUCUGUGCAAUGCGGGUACGUACGGUUAUCCUGCUAUUACUUGUA